CUGAUCACUUUGUUCUGCUGAACGCAGCCACUGCACCCAUAUAUUGAACUGAACUGAACUUCAUACUACUGGAAAAUGGCGCAUGGACAAAGCUGAAUGCAGUCCGGAGCCAGCAAAGAACUAGUGUUGUCAGGUGCAAUAUAUUGCGACGCUACAGCGCAUGCGUGAGAUGACGUAGCUCUAUUCCAAUGACGGCAAUAAAGCGCAUCGCAGGGUCCAUGAAGGGGCUCGCGCUAUCUGAUCAGUACCGCGAUUCUGUAACUCAUUAUUGGAGUUAACGACACUUUCGUUAUCGUUGCGCAGCUUUUGUAUACUGUAGAAAAGCUGCGCAACAAUAAUGAAACUAUCAUUAACUCCAAUAACGAGUUACAGAAUCGCGGUACAGCUGUCUUCCAGGCUCCAGUGUAGUUUUCCCGUGUUUCUUGCGCGAGUGCCUUAUCUUAUAUUAUAUUGUUCAGUGGAUACUAAAUAUCAGUUACAUUAACAUUAUAAUUCCAGUGGAUACUAAGUAACAAUUACGUUACAUUAACAUUAUAAUUUUUCACUCAACUAUGGAGCUACGUCAUUUCACGCAUGCGCUGUAGCGUCGCAAUAUAUUGCACCUAACAGCACUGCAAAGAACUACUACUACUACUACUACUAAUCCCGUGGACCAACGUCCUGAAAUAAUGCUUACGACAUUUAUGACUGGCCAAAGGAAUUAAUUCUCCAGGUCAUAAUUUAGAAGAAGUUGUCGCAUGUGAGAACGCCAGGCUGUCCGCCAUGCAGCGUCGCUCCGCCAGAAGACUUUCCGCACGGCAGCACAUGCCGUACAGAACACAAAGUAACUGUAAAAUAAAACUUAAACAUUUGGAAGAAAUGCUUGCUAGAAAGGCACAAAUGAAACAAACAGUACAAAUGGUAAAAAAAGAACAGCCUCUUACAUUGAGAGAUAGAAUGAUGGCUCAAUUAGAUGCAUCUAGAUUCAGAUUCAUAAAUGAAACGUUAUACAACAAUGAUAGUUCACAAUCCAAGCAAUAUUUUAAGGAAGAUCCCGAUGCUUUUAAAGCUUAUCAUAAUAGCUAUAGACAACAAAUUGAACAAUGGCCAGUAAAUCCACUAAAUGUGAUAAUAUCAUCCAUUAAAAAAAUGUCAACAGAUAGUAUAAUAGCUGAUUUUGGAUGUGGUGAAGCACAACUUGCUGCUUCUGUUCCUCAUAAAGUUUACUCAUUUGAUUUUAUUGCUCUGAAUGAUAGAGUAAAAGCUUGUGACAUCAUCCAUACUCCAUUACUAAUGAACAGUAUCCAUGUUGUCGUGUUUUGUCUUUCUCUGAUGGGAACCAAUCUUAAAGAUUAUUUAAUAGAAGCUAACAGAGUACUUAAAAUCAAUGGUAUCUUAAAAAUUGCUGAGGUUGAAAGCAGAUUCGAGGAUAUAGGAGAUUUCAUAAGACUGUUAAACUGUUAUGGUUUUAAAAAUACAUGGAAGGAUCUGUCUCAUGAUUUAUUUUAUUUCAUGGAUUUUAAAAAAGAAGAAGAUAUAAACAUGAAGAAAAAGACUCUUCCGACAGUUACUUUGAAACCUUGUUUGUAUAAAAAGAGAUAAAACUUUAUUGUAUUAUAUUGUAUGAUACAAUUUUAUAAAACACUUGAAGCUUACAUAAGAGAGAUUUGUAUAUUUAUAAACUCAUGUUACUGAUGAAUUGUUCCACAAAAUUAUUUCAUGUUUUAUAUUGAUAUUUGAUAUAAUACCAUUUCUUAAGUAUAUAUCAAAUAUUGUUGGGUCAAUUAAUGUAUGUGCCUGCUUAAACAAUAUGUUAUUCUUCAAAACACAUUGCUCCAUUAGGCACAAUUUAUGAUCAUAAGAUGUCUAAUAAUUUAAGUUUUUCUCAAGAGUGUUGUUUUUAAGAUAGAUA